AUGGCGUUUGAUCUUGUUUUGAGAGACACAUCUGCAGCCUUGAGUUGUAAGAAAGAACUCAGGUGUGAGAGAAGUCAAAGGUGUGUCCAUUCUGAAAGAUCCCACCCUUCUGGCAAGAUUUAUGGAGAAAGUUCUUCCUGUGCUGGGAGAGCUCUCAGGAAUAUUUUUACUCUACGAGCGUCUGACCUGAUUAAAGACAGGGUGUACCUUACUGGGGUUUGCAGGAGAAGCUGUGUUGGAUCAGAACUGGUAGACUGGCUUUUGGAGCAGUGCCCUUUUGUUAAGUGCAGAUCUACAGCAGCUGGAGUGUGGCAGCUCCUCCUGGAUAUGGGCAUAAUAUUAUCAGUGGACAGACAACUCUAUUUUCAAGACACUCAUGCUUUCUACCAGUUCUCAGCGGAUGAAUGUACCUACCUUUUCUGUGAAUUUGAGAAAGAGGAAGGAUGGAAGAAUGGAGUAAAGCUCCUACUUCAACUACUGCCAUUGUCCCCUCCCAGGAUUGACAUGUGUAAUCUGCCUGAUCAAAAGAUAGAAGACACAGCAGAAACCAAUGCUGAAAUUCUUGCUCGACUCACUUCUGCGGCAGGGGUUUUGUGCAAGCUUCAAGGAAGAGAUGACAUCGGACGGAUUGACCUGGUCCAGAAGCUGGCAAGAGAAAACUGUCAGUUUUUGCAGGCGGACAGAAAACCACUGGAGAAGGCAGAACAA